AGUGUUCAUCUUUCGAGCAAAGUGGAGAAGAGUCAGGGAAACGUAUGAUUAACUCGUUUCAGUUAGCAUGACACCACACUAUUUUGGAGAUUCCUAGCAGCUAAGAUUCCCUGUUCUACGAAUGGUAUAAUCACUGCUCCCCCUCCUUUCCUUUCCCACCAUGCCGGUGUGUGUUACGUCUAGAUGCGUCCCCCGUUCUCUUUGGAACACAACCGGUGCACAAUUCCGGCCUCAGAACGUGGAACGAUGGCCCUCCUGCAGCGGAGAUCUUGGCGUUCGAUUUUAGAAUCUUACAUGUCCUGAGCAUUCUGCGGUGCAUAAGGUGAUCAAAAUGAGUAGCGGCGGCGGGGAGCAGAGUGUUGGACCCGCGAGCGGCGCGGGCAGCUCCCUCCGCACGUACCCGAAGUUGCCAGUUUGGGUGGUGGAAGAUCAUCACGAAGUUCUUCCUUUCAUUUACCGAGCUAUAGGCUCAAAGCAUCUUCCUGUUAGCAACAUCAGCUUCGUUCAUUUGGACUCCCACCCAGAUCUUCUUAUUCCAGUGAACAUGCCUGCAGAUACUGUGUUCGACAAAGAAACCCUGUUUAGUGAGCUAAGCAUUGAAAACUGGAUUAUACCUGCUGUUUAUGCUGGUCAUUUUUCACAAGUGAUAUGGCUACAUCCAGCUUGGGCUCAGCAAAUAGAAGAAGGAACUCAUCAUUUUUUAGUGGGCAAAGAUACCUCUACUACUACGAUAAGGGUUACAAGCUCAGAUGCUUACUUCCUUUCUGAUGGUCUUUAUGUCCCUGCUGGUCAGCUAGAGAACAAAAAAUCUUUAUAUCUGAGUGUCUGCCUUGUGAAUCCCUCCAAAGCUACUAGUGAUUGGGAAGGCAACCAAGCUCCACUUUCUGCCAAGAAGUGCAAAUUAAGUGUGGAUGACACUGGUGAUGCCUCUUCAUCAAAAGACCCUGGUGACCGGACCCACAGUUGCACAGAUGGGCUGUCUGAUGGCUUUGAAAAGAGAAUCUCUGUGCGUGAGAAGCCAAGCAAUCUCCAGGUUCCCUCUGCAUCUGACUCCAUAGGAAAACACCCAUGUCAAAUGCCAGAACUUGUCCAAGACAUUCUCCAAGUGUUACAGAAAGGCACUGCUUAUGUUUUAGAUAUUGACUUGGACUUCUUUUCAGUUAAGAAUCCUUUCAAAGAAAUAUACACUCAGGAGGAAUACAAACUCUUACAAGAACUAUACAGUUUUAAGAAGCCUGAAAGCAAUUUAUCAGAGGAGGAGUUGCUCGACUGUGUUGAGAAUCGCACACACCAGUUGGAAGAUCUAGAAGCAGCUUUUGCUGAUUUAUGUGAUGACGACACUGAAGAAAAUCUGAAAAGAUGGGCUGCAAAUCCUGGACUGAAACCUCUAGUUCAGCUUGUACAUAAUUUGAAAGAUCGAAUGGGAACUCCAGAUUAUGAGAUGGUCCAUCAGGCUGGUCUCACCUGUGAUUACUCUGAAAUUCCUCACCAUGUUAGCACUGAAGAGGAGAUAGAGAGCUUUAUACAGGCUAUACAACAUCUCUUGGGAAGCUUACCAAAACCAACACUUGUGACCAUAGCCCGGUCCAGCUUGGAUGACUACUGCCCUGCAGAGCAAGUUGAGUUCAUACAAGAGAAGGUCUUGAAUGUACUGCGUUUGGUAUAUGGCAGCCUGGAUGUUCAUUUGGAAUACUUGGAAAAUUUAUGUCCCACUGGAACGGAUUUUUCAUCUACAGCAUAAUCAGUAGUCUAUGGGUGUAAAAAAACCUGAUAUUACAAACAUAUUGGGUUUUUUUGCUCCGUAUGGAGUGGAGUCCUUACAGAAGUGUUUUAUGAAGCUGGAUUGCAUGCGUAGCACUUACUUGUUGAUACUUGUUAUCCUGACCCAUUUUCCUUCUUUAAAUUGAAUUGUUUUGCUGCUAUUGCUGUGUAGAUUUUUCCCCUUAUUACUUUGCUGAAGGAUGUGACAUAGAAAUUUAGCUUUUCUUAAUGUGGAAAGGAUAGCAGAAAAAAAAUAAUUUCCCUCUACCUGUAUCUGGUUGCCAUAAAAAGCAAGGUACAACUGCCAGACAGUUGUAGUGAUGGGAAAACAUUCAAAUUCAAACCAUUUCAAGUUGAAAAUAGCCAUCCUGAGCUUGAAAAACACCUGCCCCAAAUGUGAAACUUUUGUGCUUUCAAAACCUGCCCUAUAGGACGUCUCAGACUUCUAGAACAGGUGUGAGAAGAUCAGGGGUCAGGAGGAACAUUUUUCUGGAAAUUAAACAGCAUUGGAUCCAAAAUAAGAAUGUAGCUAAUAGCAUUCUUAUCCUUUGCUGAGACCACAAAAAUCUGUUUGGUCCCACAGAAGUGCUCUGCUAAUGACCAUAGUGAUUAGUGUUGAAUCAGUAUCCAUAGACUUCACUUUUGAUCAAAAAAAGUUUUAAACUAUUCCAAGUAGUAAACUAGAGGUGCUGGAGAAU